GUCACUCAUUCUCCCUGUUCACAUUUACUGAGAGCUGACACCUGACAGUCUUCUAGUACCACAUACACACACAUACACCAUGGCUGGAUCCGUGUUGCCCAGUGGUGGUCAGAUUUUUACCACCAUGCCUGAUAUUCUCUUCAUCCCAGAGUUUGUGUUUGGUGGACUGGUGUGGACCUUGGUAGCUUCCACACGUGUGAUAUUAGCGAAUCCUCUUGGCUGGGUCAUGUUUGUGUCCAUAUUCUGCUUUGUCUUCACCACCCUCUGGUUCCUCAUAUUCAUUAUUGGUAAAAACAAGAGCAGCGCCUGGCCUGUCCUGGAUGUUAUAUAUCAUUCCAUUGCUGUGCUCUUUUAUUUGAGUGCCUCUGUGCUUCUGGCUUUAGUGACCUUGGGUUCGAAAACAACGCCGGAUUUUCCAGAAUUGUUCAAGUUCUACCAGAUUUUCAUUUCCGCUGUGGUGUUCGCCUUCGUUACCACAUUGUUGUACUUCAUUCACGCAAUCCUCUCUGCUCUCCGAUGGAAGUCCUCUUGAAAGUAUGAAGCUAUAGAAAUGAAACACUUUUUUAGAAAACAUCACUGAAAAGCACCAGAUGAACCAAACAACAAAAUAUACAUAUUACAGCAAAUCCUUACACCCUUACCCAAAGUAAUCAUCCGUAUCAACCAACAGGAUACCAAGGACAAACCUACCACCUACACUAAUUAGCCAAACAAACGAGGAGGAUAUCAGAGACAGAUAUUUACCUUAACCAGCUAACCAGUCAACCAGCAGAAUAUCAGAAAAAACAUCCUACCAUAACCAAGCACUUAUGUUGACAGGAUAUUUGAGGAGGUGCUUGAUAUGAAAGUAGGAGGUGAAAUGUUUGUAUUUUUUUUCUUUAAUUUCUGUUAUUUUUCUUUUAAUUUUUCCUAACAUAUCUGUAUUUCUGGUAAUUGGAAAUAAAAAUUAAAUCUUGAUUUAUGAUUUUUAGGUGGUCUGUAUGGAUAAUUUUAUUUGAUUUUAUGCAUAUGUGUUUGAGCUGUCAAAAACCAACAACCAAAUUUUGUAUUUGAAAAUAGUUUGUGUAUAUAACCUGGAAUGAGCCUUUAAAAAAUAAAUCAAUGUGAUAUGUAUAGUUCUGAGAAAUUAUACUUGAUAUUGCUUGAUUGUGUGUAUUAUCUAGAAUAGGCAUCUACAGGUGCAGAUUUCAUGGUCAUAGGGUCAAUUCCCUAUUAUGUCUAUUUCACACUGGGCAUGAUGAAGCGAUGCAAAUGUGAGAAGCAAUGACAUGCUGAAAUAUAAACAAUAGAUCUUUAUGAAGCCUUUCAUAGGCUUCAUAGAAGACGUAAACACAGAAGAAGCAUAAAAGUAAACACAAAAGAAGACAAGCAGCGCUAAGCAUACAUACAAAUAUAUAACUAAUAUUUUAAAAAUACAUAUAUCUUCUCUUUAUUAUUUACAUUUUACUCUUGAUUUAUUUGGGCUGCUAUUUAUCAUAUACACCUUGAUGUAAUGUGUUUAUUCAUUAAUAUUCAUCAGUGCUAACAUAAAAUGUAAUUAUUGUAUGCAGUGAUUUAUUUUUAUAAAAUUAUUAAUAUUCACAUUUUGGUUUUCAGCUCAAAAUAAAUAGACAUUCAGUAUACAAAGUGCUUCUUUAUGGUUCCUUUUAGUUAACAUUAAACUUAGAAUUAUGAUGUCACACAGGUAAAUGUAUUGCAAUAUCUGUAUGUAACUUGUUAUUAAUACUUGUCAGAAACGCUGCAGCAAUAAAAGUCUGACCAUUUUAUAGUUCAAAUAUGACAAUAUGAAAACUUUCUUAAAUCUGAUCUCAUGUUUAUGUGUAUAAUGAUAAUACAGCAUUUUAAUAUCAUUCUGUAGAACAUCCUGUGCUUCUUUAAGCAUGAGUGCAUUCGAUAUCACGUCAUCUUUUAAUAAAGCAAUAACUGACUAA